AUGGCGCUGAACACCACAAUGGCGACUUUCCGAAAGGCAAUUUUGACCGCGCUUCAGCAGCUCCUUCGGGGCAAGUCAUUCAUUCAAGCCGUCCUCAGCCUCUGGGUCAGUCCUCGACAGAAAGACCGGCCUUCGUCACCAGACAACCUGUCGCCCAACUUUGUGCCCAAGUCUGCCGAUCAGUUCCUGCAAGAACUCGAGGAGGCCUUCCUCGGCCGGGUACAGCAUGAUGGGCUAAAAGCAUUAUCCAACGGCCUCAAGUCACAGUACCGGGAGAGGUUACACAUUGUCGGCGAGAACAUGUUGCCUUCGUUUAACCACUUGCUCCCUACCGGUGGCGAGGUGGGCGAAUUUCUCGCGCUCGAUGUUGGUGGUUCAACACUACGUGUCGCCGUCGUCCAGCUCAGAGGUCGGUCUAUGGCUGGUCGUGAGGCUGAAAUUGCACGUUUGAGCUCGUUUAAGAUCACGCCGGAAAUCAAACAGCUCGAGGGUCUGGCAUUCUUCGACUGGAUGGCGGAUCGGAUACACGAAGUCCUUGGAGAAGACAGAUCCAACGCCAAAGAAGAGAUCCGGUUGGGCCUUGCGUGGAGCUUUGCCAUCGACCAAGUCUCUCCAGGCGGCGCACUACUCAUGGGCAUGGGCAAAGGCUUCCUAGCAACGCGAGGCCUCAUGGGGCAAGACCUUGGAGAGCUCAUCCGGUUCGCUUGCAAGCGAAGGGGCCUCAAUGUCCGACUCGGUGCCAUAGUAAACGAUGGCUCGGCGACCCUGCUCUCUCAAGCAUAUGUGCACGAUUCGACGCAUUUUGGGCUCAUUCUGGGCACGGGUAGCAACAUGUCUGUCCACCUUCCGGUAUCAGCACUCGGUCGAGCAAAAUAUGGCAAUCGCCCCGACAGCUGGUUCGCGGCUGCGACCCACGUUAUCGUCAACACGGAAAUGUCCAUGUUUGGCAAAGGCUUUUUACCCAUGACUAGAUGGGACCAUCUCCUGAACGAGGAACAUCCCCGGCCAGAUUUCCAGCCUCUCGAACAUCUUGUCUCAGGAUAUUACCUGGGGGAGAUCUGCAGGCUUGUGCUGGUCGAGGCGAUACAGAGUGUUGGAAUCUUUGGCGGCGAGAUCCCAACUUCCCUUGAGAAGCCAUACUCGCUCGACACAGCGACGGUAUCGACACUAGAGAGUGACACCACGCCAACUCUGGAGACGGGGCUGCCAUACUUCCUGUCACAUCACGCUUUCCCGGCUGAGCCGACACUCGAAGACGUCCAGUUCUUAAGGACGAUAGCAACAAUGGUCUCCCGCAGAGCCGCUGCUGUCAUUGCCACGUGUGUUUUCUCACUCUGGGAGCUACGACAUGAGACAGAAGCCGAGGACCGCUUGAAACAGGAAAGUAAGAGCAAGACCAUCGCUCGUGGAAUCCGAUCAAUCUCUUCCUCCACCAUACCAAAGAGUAUGACACCAUCUACGGAUGAGCAACGUGCCGCAAUCGAGACUCCACCAACGCCUCCAGAAGACAAAGAUAUGUUUCCCCUGCCGACUACACAAGCAGAUGGGAUCUCACCAGGCACGAACCCAAUCUCCCCGUCAUCCGCGACACAAUCCUCCCCCUACCACGCCACCGUCGCCUACAAUGGCUCCGUUAUCGAGCACUAUCCAGGCCUUCGGGCGAACUGCCAAGCUGUCCUCGACGACCUCGUCCGCUCCAGUAGCAUCUACAACGGCAAGGGCUCCGUAGAGCUCGUGCCCACCAAAGAAAGCUCGCUUCUCGGUGCUGCCGUGGCACUAGCCUGCGUGACCGAGGAGGAGAUCAAACUCGCCGCAAGUGCCGGUGCGGCUGAUGUCACGGGCAUUAUCGCAGCAUAA